CACUUCAAUUUGUCAAAAUCACUCAGCAAGUCAGAAAAUUGUAGUGAAAACAUGGCCUUUGUUCACUACUGUAGGCUGCUUGGAGUCUUUGCCUUUGGCCUCACGGUCUAUGGAUACAUGCUACGUUUACCAUGUAAGACAUUAGCUGAUUUUUCUAUUUUCCACAAGGGAAGACGACUUAGUGAUAACGUGUUAAAAAAAGACAAAGGACUAGAUGAGAGUCAGUGCAUGAUGAAAUGCGUCGAGCAUCGAAAAUGUCGCUCUUACAAUUUGAAUGUUAAGGAAAAACUCUGUGAACUGAACAGUAAAGCACACGCUGACAAUGGCACAGUGCUUGCUGAAGAAACAGAUUGGACCUAUAAGUCUACUGACUAUAGUAAUCGAUUGGUCGGUGACACCUGCAUGGAGCUGCAGCCUUGCAAUGACGGUGUCCUAUGCAAAGAUACCUGUAACCCUCCAUUUUAUGAAUGCAAAGUAUGCGAUGAAAACCAUACAGGACUGCACUGUGAUACACCUAUAGAUCCCAACAAAUGCGCCGAAAAUCCAUGCAAAAAUGGCGGAGUAUGCAUCGACUUGUUUGCAUCAUAUGAAUGCAACUGCCAGAGCGGUUACACUGGAAAAGACUGCGAAUUAGCCACACCCUGCGAAGAAGGACAAAGAAUCAUGCUAAGAAACAACUUCUUUUGUGUUAAGAACGCUGCAAAAAACAAACCAACUAGCCAAUCAAGUGAACUAGCCACUGGAGCAUCGGCAAAAGCUGUUGAUGGAUCAAGAAGGUCUAGUUAUAACGAGGGUUCUUGCACACACACAAUUACUGAAAUGAAACCAUGGUGGCAAGUUGACUUGGAACAAAAAUAUGAUAUUCUUGGUGUUAACAUCACAAACAGAUCCGAUUGCUGCAAGGACAGACUCAGAAAUUUCAAAGUGACUGUCGAUUCAGCUCAGUGCUAUCACGUAGCGGGAAGUUUAGCAGAAGUUAUACAAACCACAUUGUACUGCGAAAGAAUUCUGGAAGGCCAAUUGGUAAAAAUACAGCUCGAGGAUGUAGGUACCUUGACACUUUGUGAGGUGGAAGUAAUUGCUGUUCUGCAAUUCAUAUAGCAGCAAUAUCUUGAUAACUAGUAUCUUACAUUUGGAGCCUGUGUCAUUGGCCGCAUUCUGAACAAGAUGUAGCAGGAUAUUAGGAUCAUUUCAAGACAAGUUACACAAAGUUUCCCGCAGCAAUGGGGUAAAGGUUGAGAAUGAAAUUCCAAAGUUUGUCACAAAUUUACAGAAUCUUGUCUGGUUGAUUCGACAGGGGCUCUAAUGUUACGCUGGGACAAAAAUGAUGAAGUGUCACAUUUUUCCACCUAUUGCCACAAACUGUAGAAUAAUUAACCAAUGUUGCAAAUUUUCAGGUAACAUGAUAUUUCCCAUGAGACGGUUUGAGUUAUCAUUUUCAUAUAAUUAAGUUUUCCACUGUAGUUUGAAUCUAUGCUAGCACUAAUUAAUCGUCGUAGAUUAGAGUUACAAUUUAUCGCAUGUUGCAUUCAUGCACAUUUGGUAGCUUUGGUCUACGUGACAUUGGUUUUAUUCUUGGAUUUUAGCUAUAAAAACUUUACCCCCGUCUUUGUCGUCAUUUAAUCUCGUUGAAUUCAGCUUUUUGCGGAAAGUUUUUAAUCUUCCACAUCCAAGCUUGGACUAAGUAAAUUUUUGUUUAGGUAAAAGGUUCACUGAUAGGCAAGGUUUUUAGCAAUAAGGACAAAUUUUUUUGAGAUGUAAAUACAUUUAUUUUAAAUUGCUCUUAUUAUUGCAAAAGCUAUUAAAUAAGGCAAUACUUUAAUGUUAAAUAAUGUUGUUCUGUUACUUAUAUACAGAUAAAGGGCACUUUAUGCAAUCUUUAAAAAAUUGCUUAUUAGCUGUAGAGUUAGGUGUGGUGCUUCAUUUCUACCUCUGCAUACGAAAAGUAGGACCUGCAAACUAGAAACAGAUUUUAAUACCUAUUUAUAAACAAUAGUCUUCUUUACCUUAAAGUGCCACUGAAUUGAAAAACUCAAAAAAAACUUUAUUGAUGUUCUAAGUCAAGUCAAUGCUCCUGAACCCGAUGGUGAGGUUUGUUUUUCGGAAUUGUGAAGUGUUUUGAAGCUACAACGCUUCAAAGUUGCGAUUUUCAAGACUUUUUGCGCGAAAAUUUGUGCGCAGUCUGUGAGGAAUUUCAGGAAUGUGUUACGCAUUAACGUUUAUAAGUCGCGGAAGUGAUGCGGGCUUCAGUACUGAAAACUGUAUUUCGAGUGCGAUAAAAAACCAAAAAACGUGAAGUGGAUGGAAAUAGUGCAAUAAUUGUGCUCUAAAUAUGACUAGCUAUCUAACUACAAGACCGUGCAAGGUAUUUUCUUGUGAAAAUUUCGAGCCCAUGCAAAGUAAGCAAACUUUUUGCGUGCAGUUUGUAGUAAGUCUUCAUGCCGAUCAUUUAUCUUUUGUGAAUUAUUGAGCGUGUCUAAUAAGAAUGCUUUACGAACAGCUUUACAAAUUAUGAUUAAAAGUGAGCAAAUUGAUCCAGGGAAAUAGUUGAUCUAUUAUAGAACCACACAAAUUGCACAUUUUUCGGCGCUUUUCCCACUGUCCAACUUGCGUUGCCACUGUCAAAGCAUCAGUUAUCGCCAGGGCCGUCAAGAUGGGAUAAAUUUCCCCAAGGCCUCGUGGUCAGGGGGCCUCAAAAAGUAAAGAAGUUCAUUUUAAAUGGAAUUUAUUAAAAGUAAAAGCAAAAUUAUGCCUUAAAAAGUAAAACUUUUUAAACGUUUGCAAGAAAAAGAAUGAAUUAAAGCUAAUCUAGAAUUCGUGGUUGCAAAUACUGUUCGCCUAUCCAUUUUGGCUUCCAGAACAUCUUGGCGUCCCUGGUUAAGCAGUAGCAUCAUUGUUAGCAUCAUUUUCAUGGUAUCGUGAUCCAAAAUGAAAAUUUUGAAAAUAACUUGUUUAUCUGGAACCUUGUUCUCCAGUCUAUAAGUAGCACGGUGGGAUAUUUUUAAGCGUCUAUUCACACCCUAUCUCUAUCAAGUUCAUGCUGGUAUCGCGAUCUAAUGGUUAAAUUGUGACAAUUACUGCUAAGAGGUUUGAAAUCUAGUACUCCAGUCUAUAAAUAGCACAAGGGAAAUUUUUCGGCGUCUAUUCGCAUCCUAUUUUUUCAGCAUAUCAAACUACUUAUCUCUACAAAGUUCCAUGCUGAUAUCGCGAUCUAAAAGUUAAAUUAUGACAAUCACUGCUUAGAGGUCUGAGACCUGGUACCCCAGGCUAUAAAUAGCAUAAGGGGUAUUUUUCAGCGUCUAUUCACACCCUAUCUUUUUGGCGUAUCAAACUGCCUAUCUCUAUCAAGUUCCAUGCUGGUAUCGCGAUCUAAUGGUUAAAUUGUGUCAAUUACUGCUAAGAGGUUUGAAAUCUAGUACCCCAGUCUAUAAAUAGCACAAGGGGAUAUUUUUCAGCGUCUAUUCACACCCUAUCUUUUUGGCAUAUCAAACUGCCUAUCUCUAUCAAGUUUUAUGCUUGUAUCUUCUUCUGCACAAUUUGUAGCUUUUUAUCUUCUUACAGCCCUCUAUGGCUGAAUUGACUUUAUAAAUCUUAAUGCGUCACUCGCCCCAGCCUCUUUUGGCACGACCUACUCGCAAAAGAACACCAAAAACCCCUAUUUGUUGGCCCCAAAUUAAAAAACUAAACUUUUUUCAAAAUCAGCGAUGAUUAGUCUUCCAGAAUAAACAAUAAAAAAAAUUUCAUUUUUUGCAAUUCAAUGGCACUUUAAGGCUUUUACUACAUUUGAUUUCAUUUUUCAAGAAGGUGUUCAUGUCGACUAUUGUGUAAAUAUACAUUCAAACAGCCGAGUGCUUUUAAACAGGAAGAAUAUCAAUAUAUUCUAAUCUUUAAGAUAAAAAUACCAGUGUAAAUCUUCUAGGAAAUGACCACCCCCAAGAAAAUGCACUUAAUCAAAGAAUGCUAUGAUCGGCAUAAAAAUAUCGAGCCAAAGUAAGUGAGAAUUAUUAUGUAUGAGUUGUAAUUUGUGAGAGAGAGAUGACAUCAUUCGCGUUGCAUUUCUAAACUAUAGUUUAUCUCACACUUUGCAGUCAUCAGAACUACCUUUCUCUUCCGCAGUUGCAAUUUAUCCGAUUUGCAAUUUUGAAAUAAAGAACUAACCCGUUGCUCAUCCGUAGCAUGUUCUAAAUAGACAGGUAAUAGAAAAUGUUAUAUUAACCUUUGAGACUUUGCCUAAAGUUUUUUGGGCAUGAAAAAUAUACAUUUUAUACUUCUUAUACCUAUAAGAUAUUGAUAUUUAUAUUUAGAGUCUUUAGAAUAAGCUAAUGACCACGUUUUGAGGAAGUCCUUUCAGCUGUCUUCUCGGCAAUAGGUAAUGGCUACGAUUGAUGGAAAACUGGAAAAUCAACCAGUAGCAUCGCUUGAUCUGCUAGACUAUGAGACUCAUCAAUAGAAAAAUUUACAGACGAAGACAUACUAUAGAUGGAAAAGAAUUUAGGUGCUAUUUCAUAUGAAGUUAGAUCCUGGAUAAAAAUACGAGUCGUGGUUUCGGCACCUCACCACUGUGUUUCGUGGAUUCUAUGAGUCGUUUUAGACAUGCGAUGCACCGAAUCGCUUCACGAAAACGUUGUUCAGCGCGUUAGUCCCCUUGCUUUUAGACGAGUCGACGCACUGUAUUGCACCUAUGACGACUCGACGCACAAGUCGACGACUCGACGCACAAGUCGACGACUCGACUCACAAGUCGACGACUCGACGCACAAGUCGACGACUCGACGCACUCCCACUAUUUUAACCUGUCUUAACGUCGAGGCGUCGACCUCGUUUUGGCGAAGACGAAAUUUAACAUGGAAGCCCAAAACACAGAAAUUUUGAAGAGCUUCCUUCGGACAGCAAUACAGUUAGUAUUGGAUUGAAUGAAGCAAGGAAUUCACGAGAAUCCAGAAGGCUGUGAUUUUCUAUCUAUGUACACACAUGGAUAGGCUAUUAUAUAUUUUAGCACAAGUGAAUUUAUUUUUCUGUAAUUAUAUCCCACCAGAGAUUGAGAAUAGUUUGCAGAUAGCAAGAGAGACAUUCGCAUCCUCAGGAGAUAUUGAACACGAGCAAGUUUUUGAAAAAACUGGAAGUCGAGGUCGCCCUACUUUACCUAUUUCCAAGGAUUCUUUAGAAGUAUAUCUAAGUUAUGGAGACUCGACUGAGGAAACUACUAGUUUAGGCAUUGGUGUUUGCCCUACUACCGCUGGAGGCACCCGGCCUAGGGCCUACGGGGGCAAAACUUGCUGCAGUCUGUUCUGAUGCUGCUGCUGAUGCGUGCAUCGUCGUGACUAUUGUACGUGUAUCAGUUGAAUUCGUGGGCACAUUUGAUAUUGAAUCGAUACGUUGCAAAGCAUUCUGAAGGAUGCUUCUAAUUUUUUCUCCAUCUCGUCUUCUUGCUACAUUUGGCGGGAAUUCACAAUGAUAUGGAAGGUCUCUUCGCCAAAACCAGGUCGACGCCUCGACGCAUGAGGUUAAGAUAGUGGGAAUGC